AUGAAAUGUGCUCAUGAACAUACAUUGUUUGUAAAGAAGGAAGCAGGAAACAAAGUAAUCAUUGUAAGUCUAUAUGUUGAUGAUCUGAUAUUCACAGGUAAUGAUCAAGAGUUGUUUGAGAAGUUUAAGACUUCAAUGGAAAAGAACUUUGCUAUGACUGAUCUAGGCAAAAUGAGAUUUUUCCUUGGAGUUGAAGUAAAGCAGACAAAGGAAGGUAUCUUUAUGUUUCAGCAAAAGUAUGCUAGUGAAAUUCUGAAAAGAUUCAAGAUGGAAAACUGCAAUAGUGUGUGUAAUCCAAUUGUACCUGGGAACAAACUAAAGAAAGAUGAAAAUGGAACAUCCUGUGAUGCAACUAACUAUAAGCAGAUGGUUGGUUGUCUGAUGUAUUUGCUUGCCACUAGGCCUGAUCUAGCCUUCUCAGUAUGCUUGGUUGCUAGAUUCAUGGAGAGGCCUACAGAAAUACAUGUUGCUGCAGUCAAAAGAAUUCUCAGAUAUUUGAAAGGCACUAUCAGUUAUGGCUUGUGGUACAAGAAACAAGAGAAGGAUGAACUCAUUGGUUGGUCAGAUUCAGAUUAUGCAGGAGAUCUUGAUGACAGGAAGAGCACAUCAGGUUAUGUCUUUAUGAUUGGAUCAAAAGCUGUGUCAUGGUCCUCAAAGAAACAGCCUAUUGUUACUCUGUCCACAACUGAAGCUGAGUUCAUAGCAGCAGCUAACUGUGCUUGCCAAGCUAUUUGGCUGUCAAGGUUGAUUGCUCACAUCAGUUCAGAUAUAAAGGAAUGCAUCACCAUUUUCUGUGACAAUAGCUCAUCAAUUAAGCUGUCAAGAAACCCAGUUAUGCAUGGAAGAAGCAAACAUAUAGAUGUUAGGUUUCAUUUCCUCAGAGAUCUAACCAAAGAUGGUAAGAUACAGUUGCAGCAUUGCUCAUUCUUUGAGCAAAUUGGAGACAUAAUGACCAAAGCAUUAAGCCUUGACAAUUUCUGCAGAAUUAGGGAGCUACUUGGAUUGUGCAAACUUGAGGAUGUAAACUGA